GAAGCGGUGCUCUCAUCAUGGCGGGAUGCAUGAAAAUGCUAAAAGGUUCCGUCUCUAUAAGCGCUAAAUUAAUGGUUUUCGUGGUGCUGCUAACCUCUUUCCCUCAAACCUCACACCAGGAUACGGGUAACAAACUUCCAGUAACUGAUCUGCGUGAUGGAGCAGAGUAUGUUAUGUCAGGGCCCAACCGGUUCUGUUACAAAAACUCCAUUGUGCCAUCCUGGAGGCAAACAUGGACAAGAAUUCAGAUCAAAGUGUCGAGUUCAAACGUGUUCAAGGUGGAAACUGUGGAAGGUGAGGAGGAGCUGCAGGAGCUGGAGCGCUUCAGUUUCUGGGGCUGGUUUCAGAGCAUGUUACGUGAGCGGCACAAUGAAACCACCAUCAACAUCAGCCUGUUUAGCAAGAAGACAUGCUUCAAGAUCGAUCCGAGUGAAAAAACUCAGUACACUAUCAAGCCCAUUCGCAAGUUUGAUAUCUAUCUGUUUUUGGUUUUCCUCUCUGGGGCAUUGUUGUUUGUCUUUGCAGACUCACUCAGCAGGAGUCAGGUUUUCUACUACUCUGCUGGUAUGAGCUCAGGCAUGAUCGCCUCUCUCAUCAUCCUCUUCUUCAUUCUGGCACGCUUUUUGCCAAAGAAAAGCCCUUUUUAUUUGUUGAUUGUUGGCGGCUAUUCAUUCUCUUUGUACGCCAUGCAGCUCGUCUGCAGGAACCUCAGCACAAUUCUGCGAGAACACUGGCACAUGGUUUUAGGCUAUGUAGCGGUGGUGGGAUUCAUCAGUUUUGCUGUGUGUUACCGUUACGGUCCUCUGGUGGACGAGAAGAGCAUUAACAUCUUGUCGUGGACACUGCAGCUGUUUGGCCUGCUCCUGAUUUACUUCGGAAUCCAGAUUCAGCAAGUUGCAUUCGCUAUCAUCGUGGCAGCUUUGUUCUCCAAAAAUCUGGAGUACCCAGUCUCUAUGGUAGUCAGUGCGUGGAGGAAAAUCAGACAGUAUAUUCACUGGAGGCCAGAGCCACGUCGCCUGCUGACUGAGGAGGAGUAUCAGAAGGAGGGGGAGGAAGAGACUCGACGUGCUUUGGAAGAGCUGAGGAAGUACUGUAACAGCCCAGACUUCAGCCCGUGGAAGGCAGUGUCAAGGCUUCAGUCCCCGAAAAGGUUUGCUGAUUUUAUUGAAGGGUCACCUCACUUGAUGCCAAAUGAGGUGUCCGUCCACGCUCAGGAAUAUGGUUUUGGGGGAUCGUUUUUUGAGGAUGAAUUUUUUGACACUGACGACGAGGACGAGGUCGAGGACACAAAGCCCAUGAUGAAACCAGAGUGAGAGAGAGCACAGUGUUGGAGAUGUAUU